GGCGGCGCGCUCCCAGCGUGCCCCGCGCGGGCCGGGCGCGCGGCCGCGGGCAAGAUGGCGGCGGGUGCGGGGCGGCCGUGAGGCGCCGGCACGGCGGGGAUGGAACCGCCCGCGGCGCCGGGCCCCGAGCGGCUCUUCGACUCGCACCGGCUGCCGAGCGAUGGGUUCGUGCUGCUGGCCCUGCUGCUGUACGCGCCCGUGGGGCUCUGCCUGCUCGUCCUGCGCCUCUUCAUCGGCGUCCACGUGUUCCUGGUCAGCUGCGCCCUGCCCGACAGCGUCGUGCGCCGGUUCAUUGUCCGUGUGAUGUGCUCCGUGCUGGGGCUGCUGGUGCGUCAGAGCGACCCUCGGCUGCGCGGGGCCGGCGCCAGGGUCUUCAUUGCCAACCACGUCACCCCCUUCGACCACAACGUCGUCAGCCUGCUCACCUCCUGCAACACGCCUGCCCUGAGCGGUGCCCCAGGCUUCAUCUGCUGGUCCCGGGGCUUCAUGGAGCUGGGAGUGACGGGCAGCCGAGCAGAGCUGGUGGAUUCCCUGAAGGAAUACUCUGCCCACCAAGGGAACCCACCCCUGCUGCUCUUCCCAGAGGAGGCUGCCACCAACGGCAGGGCCGGGCUGCUGCGCUUCAGCUCCUGGCCCUUCUCCAUCCUGGAUGAGGUCCAGCCCGUUGCCCUGCAGGUCCGGAGGCCGUUGGUGGCUGUGAGCGUGGCCGACUCCUCCUGGAUCACAGAGCUGCUCUGGACCUUCUUCGUUCCCUUCACAGUUUAUCAAGUAAGGUGGAUGCCGUCUGUCCCCAGGCGAGCGGACGAGCGGAGUGAGGACUUUGCGCUCCGAGUUCAGGAGCUCUUGGCCGUGGAGCUGGGUGUGGUAUCCACACGGAUCACCGCUGCCGACAGGACCGAGCACAUGAAGAGGCUGAGGCACACAGCACAAAGGAUGCCCUUUGCCCCAGCCUCGAGCCAGCGCCCGGCAGCCCGGCCCAGGGUGCCCCCCAGCCUGCCCGGGGGUGCUCCCGAGGACGUGAGGGUGGUGGCCAUGGCACAGCAGGUCAAGGAGGUGCUGCCUCACGUGCCCUUGGAGGUCAUCAGGACAGACCUGGUCCAAACCAACUGUGUGGACACCACCAUUGCCAACUUGCUGGAGGGGAGAGUUCCCUUCUUCCCUGAGAGUAAAGAGGCUGGAGACCUGCCUGCCCCAUCUACCUCCCAGGCUGCAGCUGCUUCUGGCAUCCAGGGCUCUGUGGCUGCGCCUUCUUCCAAGCCGGCUACAAAGCAGUUUGCAAAGUCCCCCGUGGAGCGUCACCUGUCCCUGCAGGAGAGGAAACGAGCCUUGUACGACUACGCCAGGAGGCGAUUCGCUGAGAAGCACGGCGUGGCAAGGGCCGGCGGCAGCCCCUGACCGGAGCCCCGGGCCGGUGGCAGCCGCUGACCGGAGCUCGGGGCCGGUGCAACCCCUAACCGGAGCUCGGGGCCGGGACGGUGGCAGCCCCUGACCGGAGCUCGGGGCCGGGACGGUGGCAGCCGCUGACCGGAGCCCCGGGCCGGUGCAGCCGCUGACCGGAGCUCGGGGCUGGUACAGCUUCUGACCGGAGCUCGGGGCCGGGCGGUGGCAGCCCCUGACCGGAGCCCCGGGCCGGUGCAGCCCCUGAGCGGAGCCCCGGGCCGGUGCAGCCGCUGACCGGAGCUCGGGGCCGGUGCAGCCGCUGACCGGAGCCCCGGGCCGGUGCAGCCCCUGACCGGAGCCCCGGGCCGGUGCAGCCCCUGACCGGAGCCCCGGGCCGGUGCAGCCGCUGACCGGAGCUCGGGGCCGGGCGGUGGCAGCCCCUGACCGGAGCCCCGGGCCGGUGCAGCCCCUGACCGGAGCCCCGGGCCGGUGCAGCCGCUGACCGGAGCUCGGGGCCGGGCCGGUGCAGCCCCUGACCGGAGCUCGGGGCCGGUGCAGCCCCUGACCGGAGCUCGGGGCCGGCGGCACCGGGAGCGCGCGGGCGGAACGGGCCGGGCGGGGCGGGGCGCCCCCUGGCGGCGGCAAUAAACGGCGGCAG